AUGGCGGUGAUGGAGCCAGCAAAUGCUGCAGAGCAGGAUACGGUCGGAGAUUUGAUCAGGUUCGACAUUGAAGUGGAAAAUCCAGUCUGUCAGGCAAGUGAACAAACACCCAGCCCCGCACUAUCAAUAUCGCCUAAAGCAGCUGUAUCAGCAGCUCCUGAUGAUCCUCAUCCAAAUGUGGACGAAAAAAAUCACUGUAAAGAAGUCACCCCUACUCCUGUUGACAAGUCUCGUCUUAUCCAUCUGCUAGAAGAAUUUCUUCGUUAUGAAGCUAGUCUGUCCAUGACGGACUACAUAAAACGUUUCUAUCAAAUCCGAUUGGAACAAGAAGCUCUUCGUGCUGAUGCUGAGCUGUCGUCAAAAUGUGCAUCAGAAAAUGUCCACGUGAUGCGUAACCGCUAUAGGGAUAUACUACCAUAUGAUCGUAACCGUGUCGUUCUUUCCAAGACUGAGGAUAACCCAAAUGGUUAUAUAAAUGCGUCUUUCAUCCAACUUCCAAAAGGUCGCAUGCACUUCAUUGCUGCUCAGGCACCACUUGCUUCUACGCUCGAAGAAUGGUGGAAGAUGAUUGAUGAACAGAAAGUUGUGAUGAUUGUCAUGUUAUGUAAAUUGGUGGAGAUGAGCAAGGUCAAAUGUGAACGUUACUGGCCAUCCGAAGUUGGACAAAGCCUCCUUUUCGGUGCAUACGAGAUCACGUUGGAAUCGGAGGAAAGUUUCACUGACGAUGAGUACCUUAUGAGACGGCUGAAAAUGACCCAUUCGAAAACAGGCGAAUCAAGGUCGAUCACACAACUGCACUACAGGGAAUGGCCUGAUCACGGUUGCCCAUCGGGCGAAGAUCAGCUAAUCAACAUGAUUGAAAAAAUGGCUGAAUACAAUAAGAAUUCUACAGCCCCUGUUCUUGUUCACUGCAGCGCUGGCGUGGGACGUACUGGAACAAUCAUAUCAGUCAAUUAUAUAAGGGAACUGAUUGAGUCUGAGGAGUUGGACUCUUUGGACAUAUUCGAACUUGUCAUGAGUUUAAGGAAACAGAGAGCAAGCAUGGUGCAGACACAGGAUCAGUUCCAUUUCGUUCACAAGUGUGUUGCUCACUACUGCAGAGAAAGAUUGGGACUUCCCCACCCCUCGCCCAAAGAAGAAGCCCCUGAAUCUCCUCCCAUGAUAAUGAUAGUGACGAUGAAUUUGAGGGAACUGAUGUUCCGGAUUUUCCGCACGAGCCGCCUGCUCCACGAGGACCAGAGGAACUGGGCAGCGCGGCAAGUUGAAGGCCGAUAUGUUGGUGCAAUUUGAGAAAGCGUCAGAUUUUUGGACGAAUACGGUCAAAGUGCAAGUGGUGAAGCCGUUCUCGAGACUCUUCGGCUCAUUGUAAGGUGAUUACUGCGCAUAUGUUUUCGCCAUUUCGUCUUAUUGUUAUAGGAGUUUUUUUGUUUUACGUGUGAUUUGCCCAUUGUGAUUUUUUUUGCUUUGCAUCUUCCCAGACAACAUUCCACAAUGUUCAUUCGGUCUAAUAUCAGUCUUUACCUCUGUAGUCGUCCCUGGUAUAUUACUCUCGCUCAUAUGUACCUUUAUUCUUGUUGUACCUUAGUAGCGCUGGAAUCACUGAUCUGAAAAGAUCAUUCCGCCCAUGUUCAUUGGCGCAGAUCUUGAGAUAUCGGGUGCAUGUGUUCUCCUGCGCAGUGAAUCAUAUCCAACCCUCUUUCAUGUUAUUACACCAAUGUCUUACUGGAUGGCAAUUGAACUCUAACAAACAAUAUGCUACUGCUUUGGAACAAAUUGACUUAGCCAUAAAUAAUCCAUAUUGCAAUCUUGUAUGUUUUUCGUUGACUAUUUCGGAGUGCGAAUAUCUGCAAUGGCUCUGAAGCUCACUUUUUGUAACAUACUUUCAUCACCUGUGAUUAUAUCUCCAUCGAACUACUUGGCUGUUUCAAUCGUGAUUUGUUUCUUGUAUAUCUGUAACGUAUUAUAAGAUAUACGAACUGCACUCGGUGUUGAUCGUUUCAGCAUAAAAUUUUGUCCAAUCAAA